AUGGCGUUUGGAGACGGAAAGAGCCGAGGCGGUGGCGGCGCAGGGCGAGGAGGACCUGCCCGCCGAGGCCAGUACAGACCCAAAGGCAGCAUGAGCGGCAGCUUUGCUGGCGGUCGCGGUGGUGCUGGCGACGAUGCAGUGAUCAGCGCGGAGGACAAGCAGCUCGCAGACGCGGCGGCGCGGCUCCAGUUUGACGACGCGAUGGACGUCAAGUUUGGCUACGAUCGCUACACUGACCGUCGUGAAACGUACAGUGCCGUCGACUACUACUUUGUUCAAGAGGACGGCGGGCGGUUCAAAGCCACAGUGCAGUUUCAGCCAUACUUUUUCAUUGCCGUCAAGGAGGGGCGCGAAACCGAAAUGGAGCAGUACUUGAAGCGCAAGUACGAGGACUCCGUUUCCUCGGUGCAGAUUCUUGCCAAAGAAGAUUUAGACUUGAAAAACCAUCUCGUCGGUAUCAAGCAGCUGUACAUCAAGCUGACAUUCAACAAUGUACAACAGCUCCUCAAAGUGCGCAAGCCACUGAUGGCUGCUGCCAAAAAGUCAGCCCAACGCGAAGCCAGCGCCGCAAAGUACAGCGAGGCCGCAUUCAUCAGCGCCAUCAAGGGAGAAUCCGCCGACACCAGCCGCGGCGCCCCUCAAGACAUGCUAGAGCUCGUGACCGAUAUUCGUGAAUACGACGUGCCCUAUCACAUUCGAGUUGCUAUUGAUAAAGGCAUCACCGUGGGACACUGGUACAACGUGAACGUCGUCAAUAACGUGACGCAAAUCGUCUUGUUCCCGGAGCGCGUGGAGCGCCCAGACCCGAUCGUUCUCGCGUUCGACAUCGAGACGACCAAGCAGCAGCUCAAGUUUCCAGAUUCCAAGUCCGACCACAUCAUGAUGAUUUCGUACAUGAUUGAUCGUCAGGGCUACUUGAUUAUCAACCGCGAGAUUGUUUCGGACGACAUUGAGGAUUUCGAGUACACGCCAAAGCCCGAAUUCCCCGGCCCGUUUAUCUGCAUCAACGUUCCAGAUGAGAAAGCACUGAUUCGACGAUGGUUUGACCACAUUCUCGAAGUGCGUCCGCACAUUUACGUGACGUUCAACGGUGACUUUUUCGAUUGGCCCUUCAUCGAGGCACGCGCGGCAGCGAACGACUUGAGCAUGCUGCAAGAAAUUGGCUUUGCACCCGACUCGAACGAGGAGUACAAGUCUCGUCCCGGAAUCCACAUGGAUGCCUUCCGCUGGGUCAAGCGUGAUAGUUACCUGCCACAAGGCAGUCAGGGCCUCAAAGCCGUCACGAAAGCCAAGCUAGGCUACAACCCACUCGAACUCGACCCCGAGGAGAUGGUGCCGAUGGCGAGCGAGCAGCCCCAGACUCUGGCCAACUAUUCCGUCUCGGAUGCCGUCGCGACGUACUACCUGUACAUGACCUAUGUGCACCCUUUCAUCUUUUCCAUGUGCAACAUCAUUCCGAUGGAGCCCGACGAGGUCUUGCGGAAAGGCUCUGGCACCCUCUGCGAAACGCUGCUCAUGGUCCAGUCCUUUGAGGCCAACAUUAUCAUGCCCAACAAGCAAGAGACCGACCCGGAGAAAAUGUUCAACGGGCAUCUGCUGGACAGCGAGACGUACGUCGGUGGCCAUGUCGAGGCCCUCGAGUCUGGCGUCUUUCGCAGCGACCUGGAUUCAAAGUUCAAGCUCGAACCGAAGGCCUUCGAAACGCUCAUUCGUGAUACUCGACGCGCGUUGGAGCACACCCUGCGCGCCGAGGCCGGCGUAGACCCUGCGACCGUCACCAACAUGGACGAAAUGGUCGAAGCGGUGCACUCGCGCCUGCGCGCGCUUCGCGACACACCCAAUCGGCUCGAACGACCGCUCAUCUACCACUUGGACGUCGGUGCAAUGUACCCCAACAUUAUUCUGACAAAUCGCCUGCAGCCUUCGUCGCUUGUCGACGAGGAGACGUGCGCGGCUUGCGAUUUUAACCGACCCGAGUCCAACUGCCAACGGCGCAUGAAGUGGCUGUGGCGCGGCGAGUACCUGCCCGCGACGCGCUCCGAGUACGAAAUGAUCAAGCUGCAACUCGAGGCCGAGCGUGUUCCAGGCCUGCAGCCCGGAGAUCCGACACGCAGCUACCACGAGUUGCCUUCCGAGGAGCAGGUCAGUCUGCUCAAGGAUCGCUUGAAAAAGUACAUCAAGAACGCGUACAAGAAGAACAAGAUCACCAAGAUUGAAGAGCGCGAGUCCACCGUCUGCAUGAGGGAGAAUCCCUUCUACGUCAACACCGUGCUGGCCUUCCGCGACCGUCGCUACCAGUACAAGCGCGAGCUGAAGACCUGGCAGGGCAACUACGCCAAGGCCGUCGAGCAACGCAACGCCACGGAAAUCGAGCGUGCCACCAACCGCAAAGUCCUGUACGAGUCGCUGCAGCUGGCGCACAAGUGCAUUCUCAACUCGUUCUACGGCUACGUCAUGCGUCGCGGCGCCCGCUGGUUUUCAAUGGAGAUGGCCGGCAUCGUGUGCCACACCGGUGCCCACAUCAUCACCAAGGCGCGCGAGAUUGUCGAGCAGAUUGGCCGACCACUCGAGCUCGACACGGACGGUAUCUGGUGCAUCCUGCCAGGCACCUUCCCGGAAAAUGUCGAGUUCAAGACCACCGAUCCGAAGCGCUCCAAGGUUGUCAUCAGCUAUCCCGGCGCCAUGCUCAACUUGAUGGUCUCGGAUGAGUUUACCAACGACCAGUACCAGACGCUUGAUCCGGCCACUGGCAACUACUCGACGCGCACGGAAAACUCAAUCUUUUUCGAGGUCGACGGCCCGUACCGAGCAAUGAUCUUGCCUUCGUCCAAGGAGGAGGAUGUCUUGCUCAAGAAGCGCUACGCCGUCUUCAACAUGAAUGGCACCCUCGCUGAACUCAAGGGCUUUGAGAUUAAGCGCCGCGGCGAACUCCAGCUGAUCAAAAUCUUCCAAUCGGAAGUGUUUGACACCUUCCUGAAGGGAGGAUCCCUGGAGGAGUGCUACCGUGCUGUCGGCGAUGUUGCCAACCACUGGUUGGACGUGCUCUUUACGCGUGCAGUGGACAUGAACGACGAGGACUUGCUCGACUUGAUUUCUGAAAAUCGCUCCAUGUCGCGCAUGCUCGAAGAGUAUGGCGCUCAAAAGUCCACCUCGAUUACCACAGCGAAGCGUUUGGCCGAGUUUCUGGGCGACGACAUGGUCAAGGACAAGGGCCUGGCCUGCCGCUUCAUUGUGUCCAAGAAACCCGUGGGCGCACCCGUCACGGAGCGCGCCGUUCCGCUCGCCAUCUUCCAAGAGCAACGUCCAGGCGUGCAGCGCCACUUUUUGCGCCGCUGGCUCAAGGAUCCCGGUCUCACCGACAUGGACCUGCGCAGCGUUCUCGACUGGGAGUACUACAUUGAGCGGCUUGGCUCUGCCGUGCAAAAGAUUGUCACCAUUCCGGCAGCCAUGCAGGGCGUCGAAAAUCCCGUCCCGCGCAUCCCGCAUCCCGACUGGCUGCACAAGCGCAUCUCGGCGCGGAACGACGUGUUCAAGCAAAAGAAAAUCUCAGACAUGUUCGCCCGCGGUCCAAAGAAGCCGCUGGCCGACGCUGCCGAGCCGAUGAAUGUCGAGUCGGAGCACUCCGGCGAUCGUGACGGCGACGACGCAGAGCUGGAUGGAGAGCAGGAAACUGUCAAGGGAUCCAAAUCGCUCGAGGACGAGAAUCGACGAUUGCGUGCAGCCACCGUCGACAUUGAGGACACGCUCUCUGGUCGAGCUCGCGAGGCUCCCAUGAAGCGCCCAAUGGUCACAAAGCACGCCAAGCGACGAGCGGACGGCGCUGUCCAAUCCAAGCUUGACACGAUGGUUGUGGCCUACUCGAGCAACGGAGGAUUUGGUCACGCUCGGCACGGCGCCUCCCAGCAUUCGCAGCAACCAAAGCAACAAUCAAGUGCUGACAACCAAGCCGCAUCUGCAGCGGCCGCAGAAGAUACGCGCGAUUGGCGGCAAAUCCUUGGCGCGGCGCCCGAUCCAAGCGAGGAUUACCAAGCGUGGAUCAAGUACCAAAAGCGCAAGUGGCGACUCCAACGCGACGAGCGCAAGCGCUACAAAGCGGACAUUGAGAACACGCUCAAAAGCAUGCCCUCCAACCUGCCCGUUCCGCGUGGUCCGACCACUGGCAUUGCGGCCAUGCUGCGGACCCAAGCGCGGUUCCUUUUGCAAAGUCCCUGGCAUCUGGUGACGAUCGAGCCAACUGAACUGCCAGGACGCUUCAAAGCUUGGGCGCUUGUUGCAGGGUCGAUGCACGCGCUGCACCUCGACAUUCCGCGCACAUUCUACGUCAACAUGAUUGUCCCAAACCCCGACAACCGAUACCCGCGUGUGACGCGCAUUCUGCCUCGCAUGCAAAAGUGCCACACCCUCUACGAGGUGUCGAUGCCCGAGGUCGACUUUCGCGAGCGCCAGCAGGAGAUUUUAAACCGAUUCACCGACCCCAACAUUGCCGGCAUGUACGAGCUCAAGCUUCCCCUGCUCACCCGUGCGCUGAUCCAGCUGGGAUGUGUGUGCUCUGUGCAGCGCGACGUGAGCCGCUACCUGACAACAGCACCCGACUCGUUUUCGCUCGACCAGCUGACGUACCGCACGACUGGCGAGUGCGGCUAUCUUCAGCCCGGCAGCUUCCGCCGCAUUUUCCUGUCGUACACUCAGUGCGAUACCCGUGGGAUGAUUGGCUUGUUUAUUGACGGCGCACCCAGCGGAUCCACCGCCGCUGGUCAAGGCGUGGCGACGGGCGGACGCGCGUACGUGCUUGUCAUUGAUCCGUAUCGCAACACCCACGACAUGCCCAAUGUCCAGCGCAUCUACCAAAACUACUGGACCAGCGUGCGAAAAGCCCAGCUGGAAGAACGCCGCUCGAAGCGCGCAGCCUCGUUUGAGGAGGAGACGAGCAUGGACGAGGCCGAGGACGAGGCCGAAGUUGCGGCCAUCUUGCCCAGCAAGGACGUGGAGUUUGAAGUCCGACAAGUCAUCUCGACGACUCAGGCCCACCGUGCCUUGCAGCGCAUCCUUGCCACCUACUUGGACGACCGCCCUGGUCCCUCAAUUGUGUUUGCUUCGUCUGUCGUGCCGCCCGCGGCGUUGGCUGCUGAUGGCGUUCCCGCGCUCCGCAAUCUGCCCGUGGUCACUUGUCCACAGCAUCCGCAAGACAACGUCUACCCGUCCCUGGGCUGGCACCGCGAUGUUGUCCGUCGACUCAUGCAAGAAUUCCUCUCGAUUGACCGCACCGUCGAGUUCCAGUUGAACUUUGCCCGCUACGCCCACAUUCCCUUGGGCAAUCUUCCAGCAGACUCUGGGCUGGUUGCAGCGGACUUGUUUUACGCGCGUCACCUGAGAAACAACGCCUCUCUGCUGUGGAUGCAUGCCGAGGGCGAGCUGCCCGAUUUUGGUGGUCGCGAGGAGGAUGACUCGCGUUUGCUGACUGGCGAGGUUCAGAUUGUGCCCCCAGCAGCACGUUCUGCGCACCACGGAGGGGGAGCAGGAGGCGCUGGCGGCUCUGGCAACGCUGGCAUCACUGGCGCCGCCCUUUCUGCGACGGCGAACGACGCUGAAGCUGCUGCACUGCUGGACGGGACGACGAAUGCGUCGUCGUUCGAUUCGUUCAACGCUGCACGCCAAAGUGGCACACUGCCGUCGUCGUCCGCCCCAGUGGUCGAGCUCAACGUGCCAGGAGCUUAUCCGCACGUGUGCGUGGAGCUGUCCCUCGCCCGCCUCGCCGUCAACACUGUCCUGCAGUCUGCGCACGUGAACGACAUUGAUGGCGGUGCUGGCGUGGUGGCUGGCUUUGACAUGGCGCCUGCUCGCACCAUGGAAGAGCAGGUCGCUGGCAUGAACGUCGCGGCAAACAUGCUUUCGGCCACAUUUGACGAGUCGGCCCUGUGCGGCCAUGCCUUCCGUGUGCUCAAAUCGCUAGUGCACACCUGGCUGCGAGAGGUCACGCACCACCGCAACUUUUACGCCGACGCCCUGCUUGUGCACUUUUACCGUUGGCUCAAAUCGCCAGAGUCCAGCCUGUACGAUCCCGGCUUGUGCAAGAUGAUUUCCAACAUGAUGCGCAAACUGUUUUUGCAGCUGUUGGCCGAGUUCCGUCGCCUUGGCGCUACCAUUGUGUAUGCCAGCUUCAACCGCAUUGUGCUGAGCACGAAAAAGCACACCUUGCCCGACGCUGUUGCCUACGUGGACUACGUCGUGAAAAACGUGCGCAACAAAACCCUGUUUGGUGGCAUCGAAAUCACCGCGACCAACUGGUGGGAUGGCUUGCUGUGGAUGGACCAGGCCAACUAUGGCGGCGUUCAGCUCGGCGACGCAUUCAACCAGCUGCUGGCGCAGUCUCAUGGCGGCUCGGGCCUGAGUGUGGACGGCGGGCGCUUGUCCAUGCCGGCAACGCCUUCCAAGGCGCCAGCCACGCCUCGUCGCUCUCAGCAAGCGGAAAAGGGGGCGUCGGCAUCCAAGCCAACGGGUGUUUCGCGCCGUUUGGCGGACGACGCAAGUUUUGCACAGGACGCCGAAUCUGCCGCUGAACCUGCUGCCGCUGAUGCCAAAUUGGACGCGCGACAAGCAGCGCGCCAAGAGCGCGUCAGGCGUCGCGAGCAGCUCAUGGAAGAGCGUCGUAUCGCUGCCGAAGCGGCAAGGGCUGCUGCUGGACCCAGCAAACGCAAAAAGCGCGCAGUGUUCAGCGACGACGAAGACGACGAUGCCGAUGCCGAUGCGGAUCAAGGUCGCAAGCGUGUUCGUCCCGGAUCUGACGACGAAGGUGACGAAUUGGACAAUGGCGACGAGGAUGAUGACGAAGGCGAGCUUAUCGAGCAAGACGACGCCGACGACAAUGAUGACGAUGCCGAGGAUGAUGAUGCUGACGAAGAGCAAGAGGAAGACGACGACGACGAUGGCGAGCAAGCUGAAGAAGCCGAGGAUGCAAGCCCCGACGACGACGACGACGACGCCGAAAGCAUGAAUGUUGAACCCGACGAAGCCCAGCAUCAUCAGACAAAGCGCUCGCAGCGGUCUUCCCAGCAUCACCGGCAUCAGCGCAAGCCCAAAAUUGUGUUUGACAUGCACUGGAACUUGGCCGAGUACUUGCCCGUUGCGACGCAGCAGCCCUUCCACGUCAUUGUGACUGAGUUUAUGCACGCCGUGUACCAAAACCGCCUGGAGCUGCGCACUGCUCGCGGAAAUGGUUUAACGCCGCUGAAGCGCAAAAUGGCUGCAUCUCGGGCGGCAGCAGCAAGCGCGGGGCUGAACGAUGCCGAUCCAAACUUUGAUCCUCAUGAAGCGUUUGCCGCAUCUGGUCGCCCCGCAUUUGGCCUCGAUGCGUUCGAAGAUACUCCCGCUGCGGACGACGACGAGGAGGAGGAAGAUGAGGACGACCACGGCGAAGACGCUGGCGAAGAAGAAGAAGAAGACGAUCAUGCGGCAUGGGUGCUGGAAGAGCAUCGCCCGAAAGACCCCAACGACAUGGACGAUUCAGACAAGCCAGGCCGCCGAGGCCGACCUGCAAAGGGCAAGAAGGCUGCGUUGCAGAUUGCCAAGUCGGAGGUCGCCUUUUCGCGCAAGUUGGUGCGCUCCCAAAUCUCCCAGCGCCUGUUUUCGAUUGUGCGCGAAAUCCACAACGCCUUGACGGGCGACUCUUCGUCGAGCGAGGCUGGUGUCGACUUCCCCCAACUUCCCGGUUCGUACCUGCCCUUGCACAAUCCAGCGCUCGAGUUUACAAAGUCGGUGUGCCACGUCCUGGCGCUCGACAAGGACUUGUUUGAAGAAGUGUCGCUCAUGCGCAAGAGCCUGCUCCGGCUGAUCAACGCACGCGAGUUCAGUCCCGAGAGCGUCUUCCGCAACCCGUGUCGCUCGUUCACCCUCUGCGAGGUCUUUUGCGAAGCGUGCAACUCUUGUCGCGACCUCGAUCUGUGCCGAAACCCCGAGCUGCUCGCGGCCAACGGCGGCGCCUGGCACUGCGUCGACUGCAACGCCGAGUACAACCGCGACUCGAUCGAGUCCCAGCUCACCAGCAUUGUCCAGCGUUUCUCGGUCACGUUCCAGCUGCAGGAUCUCAUGUGCCUGACAUGCGGCCAGGUCAAGGGCGACAACAUGUCCAGCUUCUGCGGCUGCUCCGGGCAGUGGCGCAACACCCUCGCCACCGCGCCGCUCGUUUCCUCGAUGCGCGUCUUCCUCAGCAUUGCCCGCUACCACCAGUUCCCUCUGCUCGAGGAAGUUGUGUCUUGGAUUCUGACUCGCAACCGCGUGCACAUCUGA